AUGCCCCGGGGCAGUCUCUCGAAUGUUUUGGAUGCUUCAUCUAAGCAAGAAAAUCUCGUUAACAAGAAACCAGUUACGUCUUUACUUCGACCAAUUUACUCCCGAAUGCAAUCUCGAAGCUUGGUUGCUGGCCGCGUGAUUGUGUGGCCUGAGGCUACAUCAGCUGAGAAUGCAACUCAUCAACAGAGGCUGCAUCCCUCGAACGCUUGCCUUGCGGGGACUAAAAGAGCGGGCGGAGAUUCCGGACGGAUCACGCUGGAUUUGACCACGAAUGCGUCCAGUCUCGUUUACUCGCUCUAUCCAGGGCAUCCCGUCGUUUUGACGGCGACAAACUUGACUGGACGCUCUCUCACUGCGUUUGAAUUUUACCAGGUAAGACCGAAACCUAGUAAUCACUUACCUGUUUCUACUUUAGACGUGCCAGACCUCCAUGUGGCAGUGGCUUGUGGUCCAUUUACCACAACUACCUCUCAUGAUAUUUCUCCAUUAUUAGCCCUGUUAAAGGAUAUUAAGGAGUAUCGGCCUCACGUGCUUAUCUUACUCGGUCCUUUGGUUGACUCAUCUCACCCACUAAUCGAGGAAUAUCGCGACUCAACCUACGAAGAACUAUACCAAUCACGCUUGAACACUGUGGCUGAGUGGUGUCAUCUUUUGAAGACUAGCGUUGUAAUAGUGUCGUCAUGGCGGGAAAUCUGUGGUAACCCCGUUUACCCGACACCCCCUCCGUUCGGUUCCGGUAAACCAUAUUGGACUCAAAAGAACCCAGAACUGGCUACCUGGUAUGAAAACGUUACGUUCGUUUGGGAUCCCUGUACGCUCCGGAUUGGACCCUUUGUCAUGGGUCUCUCUUCUCCUGACGUACUAUUCCAAAUGAGCUCGGAAGAAAUAAAUGCCAACUGCACGGGCGACCGCUUGGCCCGUCUCUGCCGCCACGUUUUGACGGCGGCGAACUUUUAUCCCAUCCAUCCUCCCGCCGAGAGCCUCCCCCUGGAUUAUCCGCUCUGGCAGGACCAUGCCCAUUUCCCCUCAAACCGCUCGCCGCAUUGUCUCGUUCUGCCUUCCCGACUGCGAGCCUUUAUAAAGGUCAUUUACGUCGCUUGUAGUAGCACAGCUGCUGGAAGCUACGCCAGGCUUAUUUUCUCCAUUAAGGACUCCUCAGCUGACCUUCAAGAAUCGGCCAUGGAUGUAGUCAGCUGGGCGGGUGAUGAAAAAACCGCAACGGACUCAACCAAGAGUGGUGUGACCAUACUUGGGGAAGUAGUCCAACUGUAG